AUGCACAAGAGUGUAUAUCUAUCUAUCUAUCUAUCUAUCUAUAUAUCUAUAUAUCUAUCUAUCUAUCUAUCUAUCUAUCUAUCUAUCUUACUAAGCGAGGAGUUGAUAACGGCUGCAAUUCGCGACUUGUCGCUUCUUUUCUCCCAUUGGUUCUUUUUUUCGUUCCGUCUUUUCUAUCUUUCUUUUUCCCCUCCUUCCUUCCUUCCUUCCUUCCUUCCUUCCUUCCUUCCUUCAUUCCUUUCCUUCUUUCUUUCUUUCUUUCUUUCUUUCUUUUUCUCUUUCUUUCUCUGUCCAUCUAUUACUUUCUUUCUUUUUCUUUCUCUUUCUUUCUUUCUUUCUUUUAUUUUCUUUUCUUUCUUUUUUUCUUUUCUUUCUUUCUUUCUUUCUUUAUCUGUCCAUCUAUUACUUUCUUUCUUUUUCUCUUUCUUUCUUUCUUUUUCUCUUUCUUUCUUUCUUUCUUUCUUUCUUUCUUUCUUUCUUUCUUUCUUUCUUUCUUUCUUUCUUUCUUUCUUUUUUCUAUUCUUUCUUUCUUUCUUUAUCCAUCUAAUAUUCUUUCUUUCUUUCUUUCUUUCUUUCUUUCUUUCUUUCUUUCUUUCUUUAUUUAUUUAUUUAUUUAUCUGUUCAUCUAUUAAUUUCUUUCUUGCUUUCUUUUUCUUUCUUUCUUUCUUGCUUUCUUUUUCUUUCUUUCUUUCUUUUACAUCAUCAUAA